GCGAAGCAUCAACUAACAAUUGAAUUGAACGAACGAAGAUCACCUCCGAAUCCCAAUUCCCAAUCGAAGGUCGGCAUCUAUCACGCGAAUUCGGAUUUUCGCUUCUUCAAUCGUAAACCCUAGCGGUGCGUCUUCCUGAAAAUCUUCUCAUCUUUUGCUGUAGUUUUCCGGCGGAUCCUGUGAAUCAGUGGACCUGAAGGAGGGGAAAAAGGAUGUCGUUCGACCUGGUGUUGAAGCCGACGUGCGGCGGUUGCGGGUCGGCAGCGGAUCUCUAUGGAAGCAACUGCAAGCACAUGACUCUCUGCUCUACCUGCGGCAAGACGAUGGCGGAGUCCCGAGCUAAGUGUUACGAAUGCGGCGCCACCCUCACUCGCCUGAUUAGGGAAUAUAAUGUCCGAGCGAGUCCUGGCAAUGACAAGCACUACUUCAUUGGUAGAUUUGUCACUGGCUUACCGAAUUUUUCGAAGAAGAAAAGCGCAGAGAAUAGGUGGUCUGCACAGAAGGAAGGGCUUCAGGGGCGUCAAGUUACAGAUGCCUUGCGGGAGAAAUAUAAGAACAAACCCUGGCUUUUGGAGGAUGAAACGGGACAGUCUCAGUACCACGGCCAUCUUGAAGGUUCUCAAUCAGCUACUUACUACCUAUUAAUGCUUCAAGGAAAGGAGUUUGUUGCAAUUCCUGCUGGUUCUUGGUACAAUUUUAACAAAGUUGCACAGUACAAGCAACUUACCUUGGAGGAAGCGGAAGAGAAGAUGAAGAACAGAAAGAAAACUGCUGAUGGUUAUGAGAGGUGGAUGAUGAAAGCUGCUAACAAUGGAGCUGCUGCCUUUGGUGAGGUUGAGAAAUUCGAAGAUAAGGAUAGUAGUGGAGGAGGUGGUGGUGGUGGUGGCGGUGGUGGUGGGAGGGGACGUAAAAAGACAAGUGCCAACGAUGAUGAAGAUAACGCAUCAGACAAGGGAGAGGAAGAUGAAGAAGAAGAGGCAGCAAGGAAGAGUAGACUAGGACUCAACAAAGGGGGCGGUGACGAUGAUGAAGAAGGUCCAAGGGGAGGUGAUCUGGAUUUGGACGAUGAUGACAUUGAAAAGGGUGAUGACUGGGAGCAUGAAGAGAUUUUUACCGAUGAUGACGAAGCUGUUGGGAAUGAGCCGCAUGAACGAGAAGAUUUGGCACCUGAAGCUCCUCCUCCUCCAGAAAUCAAAGAUGAUGAUGAGGACGAGGAUGAAGCAAAUGAAGAGGAAGGAGGACUGAGUAAAUCUGGAAAAGAAUUGAAGAAGCUGCUUGGACGAGCUAGUGGGGCCAAUGAUUCUGAUGCAGAAGAAGAUGACGACGAUGAGGACAUGGAAGAUGAGGUUGGGUUUUCACCUGUACUGGCCCCUAAACAGAAGGAAGCCCCGAAAGAGGAACCUGCAGAAGAGAGCCCUUCAAAAUUCAUCCCUUCUGCAUCUGCUAAGGGAACUCCACCUACUUCCAAAUCCGCCAAGGGAAAGAGGAAGUUGAAUGGAGAUGAUGCUAAACCAUCGAAUGGUGCAUCCCAAAAGAAGGUGAAGACGGAAACUGAAACAAAAUCUUCAACAAAAGAUGAAAGCGUGCCAACUUCUAAAAGCAGCAUACCCUCUAAAGCUACACAGUCAGAUUCAAAGAGUGCAUCUACACUGCCGACUGGACCAGUUGCAGAAGAAGAGAUAAGAGCAUUCAUUUUGCAGAAGGCACCUGUUACCACACAGGAUCUUGUUGCUAAAUUCAAAGCAAGACUCAAAAGCCCCGAGGACAAGAAUGCGUUUGCCGAGAUCUUGAGGAGAAUAUCCAAGAUACAGAAGACCAAUGGAUCUAGCUAUGUUGUGCUGCGAGAUAAAUGAUGAUUUUGUAUAGCUUAUGAGUCUGGUUGUGGAUUAGCUUGGAUUAUGUCAAUGAAAAUUCUGGCAUUUUGCUGCUAUACUUCCUUACAAAUGACGGAAAAAAUGGUGGUGUCAUCGGAAAGUCUCUUCAGAUUCAAUUUGGAUUUGUCCUUGAUUUGUGCAGCAUGCGAUGUCAUGUAUGGUCCAAGAUUAUUGUUACUAGCCUAGAACA